AAGACCUACAUGAAAACGUAACAGGCCCAAACGAAAGCCCGAUUGGGUUCAAGCGAAAACGAAGGGUUUUGCUUUUCCGGCGCAACGAAAGAGAGAAACGAGAGGCCGUUGGUUACAAAUUGGCGGGGCGGAAGUAGAGAUUGAAACAAUCAUCAUCUUCAUAUCACAAGCUUUUUUAGGAAUACGCGGGGAUUCUUUGGUAGGUUUGAAGUAUUUGAGUCUUGGAUAGGGGAUACCGGUGUUUGAAGUAGCAUUGCGUAAUGGCUGGGGAAUAUAGUUCACGUAAUCAUCAAGGAAAAAAGAGAGGAAGGAACGAUAAGGGGAAUAAGAAAGGAGGCGGGGAUUAUUCUUCUCAAAAGAAUUAUGAUGGUGGGCAUGAGGAUACCUUCAAUUCUAGAAAGUCCUCGAGGCAUCAGCAAGAGUUUGAGCCGCAGACAUCAUUCAUCAGAAAACAGGUUGAUCCUGAACUGUCCAAAUACUUUUCAGAAAUUUCAAAUGUCAUUGAAGGUACAGAGAUUGACUAUGAGGAACGGUCUGGCAUAUGUGGGAAUGCAUUAGAAGAAGCAAGAGGGAAAGAAGUGGAACUUGCAACCGAUUAUAUUUUAAGCCAUACCCUGCAAUCCCUCCUUGAAGGCUGUUCACUUGAGCAUCUUUGCAGCUUUCUUCACGGCUGUUCAAAUGAUUUCCCGCGUAUUGCUAUGGACAAAUCUGGCUCUCAUGUAGCUGAGUCAGCUCUUAAGGCUUUAGCUAUGCAUCUUCAGGAUACUGAGAAUAUCUCACUUAUUGAGGAUACUAUAACUUCAAUUUGUCAGGCUAUUGUGCUUAAUCCUGUUGAUAUCAUGUGUGAUUGUUAUGGAUCGCAUGUUCUUCGAAGUCUUCUCUGUCUUUGUAAAGGGGUGCCAAUAGACUCCGCAGAAUCCCAUGGCAAAAAGUCGUCUGUUGUUCUGGCAGAACGUUUGAACUUAAAGCCGGCUCACUUUGACAGGAAUGUGUCACAACAACAUUCUCAAGGAUUUCCCAAUAUGUUGAUAUAUCUUGUUAAAGAAAUGUUAAAUGCUGGUAGAAAAGACAUAACGACACUCCAAGUUGAUCAAUAUAGCAGUCUGGUUUUACAGACUGCCUUAAAGAUGUUAGGUGGAAAUGAAGAAGAGUUGUUGCAUAUAAUUCCAAUACUUCUCGGCUGUAGCAUGGAGACUAUUCAAGAAGGUAAGGUAAUAGAAGUUGAUGCGGCAAACAAACUUUUGAGUUUGAUGAAAGAAUCUGCAUUCAGCCAUUUAAUGGAGGUUAUUUUGGAAGUUGCUCCUGAAACAGUGUACACUGAACUAUUGGAAAAAGUCUUUAAAAACUCGAUAUUUGACCUGUCAUCUCAUCAUUGCGGGAACUUCGUUGUCCAAUCAUUGAUUUCGCAUGCCAAGUCCCAUAAUCAUAUGGACUUGAUAUGGGAGGAACUUGGUACAAAGUUUAAGGAACUAUUUGAGGUGGGCAGGUCUGGGGUUGUUGCUUCUAUCAUUGCUACAGGUCAAAGACUUCAGAGCCACGAAACUAAGUGUUGUCAGGCCCUUGCUGCUGCUGUAAGCCUUGCUAAUGAGUCUGCUAGAUACAUUGUUCCCCGGAUUCUAUUUCUUGACAACUACUUUUUCUGCCGAGAUAAAUCUAACUGGAAUUGGCCAAAUGACGCAAAGAUGCAUGUCAUGGGCACUUUGAUUCUGCAGAUAGUGUUUAAAUUUCCAAGUGAAUUCAUUCAGGCUUAUAUUUCAAGUAUCACUUCCCUGGAAGCAGACCAUGUCCUUCACGCAUUAAAAGACUUCGGUGGCGCGAGGGUUCUAGAAGCUUUUUUUUGUUCAAAUGCUUCUGGAAAACAGAAGCGUAAAUUAGUUGUAAGGCUUCGAGGACAUUUCAGAGACCUGUCAUUGCACCCAUCAGGUGCUUUCACAGUUGAGAAAUGCUUCAGCGUGAGCAAUUUGUCUAUGAGAGAGGUAAUUGUCUCGGAGUUGAUAGAUGUGCAAUCUGAGCUCUCCAAAACUAAACAGGGUCCACAUCUGUUGAGGACACUUGACGUUGAAGGAUUUGCAAAACGCCCUGAACAGUGGAAGUCGAGACAAGCAACAAAAGAAUCUGCUUAUAAGGAAUAUUUUGCUACUUUCGGCCCAAAGGCCCCAAACACUACCUCCUCAAAGAAAAACUCAUUUCUUUCAACUGCGCAUCGAUCCUCACAGCCAGAAAAGGUAAAAGAGAUGAGGAAAGAAAUUGAUAAUCAUGUUGCUACUUUGCUUGAGCCCUCCCUCAAAACUGCUGGCAAGCAUACACCAGAAGUUGACACCAAACCUGCUAGAGAUAACAAUACUCUGAAGACCAAAAACAAAAAACGAAAAUCUGUGGACAAUGUUGGCUAUGAAGAUGCCGUUGGUAGCAAAGUAAUUGAUGGUGACAGUAAAAAAUCAUCCAAAUCUGGCGACAAAAAAUUAAAGAAGCAGCACAAGGAAGGAAGCAUAUCAAAAUCUUCAAGAAAGAAGAUGAAAAGUUGAGAUAGUGAUACAGUUUUUUCCCCCUUCAUUUUUAGCUCAUACUAUGCCUUUUGCUUUGUUUACCUGCAAGGUGUAAGUUCUGCACCAUAAUUUAAGCUGGUGCAAUCUGUAAGUUCAUCUCCAUAAAUCACGUUGGUAGCCAGAUUUUGUUGGUCUUUGUAAUAUCUAUCUUUUCUCAGUAUGACAUAAUUUUUAUUUCUC